GCUGAAGACAGUCCUCUCUGACUCUAUCGUCUCUGUCUGUCAGUACUGUCCUCCCCGGUCCUCCCCCGAUCCGUUGCUGUCUCUCACGUGGAAACGUAAUCAUGGAAUUAUUAGUUCGAUAUCUGGAUAGAAGUGAUUCAGUCAGCUCGGCCAUGACUCAAGACACAAUCAAUGAGGAGAACCUGAGAGACGACCUGAGGUAUUACUUCAUGAGCCCAUGUGAGAAGUACAGGGCCCGGCGACACAUACCCUGGAAAAUGGUGGUCCAGAUUCUCAAAAUCAUCAUGAUCACUACACAACUCAUCCUGUUUGGCCUCAACAACCAGCUGGUGGUUUCCUUUAAGGAGGAGAACACCAUGGCCCUCAAAAACCUUUUCCUGAAGGACUACAGCGGUAUCGAUGAGGACGACUACAGUGUUGCUGUCUACACUCAGCAAGGCGUCUAUGAUAGCCUGUUUUAUGUACUGGAUCAGUACAGCCAGUUAGCCCAGCUCUCUGUGGGUCCUAUCGGUUACGCUGCAGAUGAAGAGGGGAAUCUGCUGCCUCUCACAAUCUGUAAGGAGUACUACAAGAGAGGCACCGUGGAUCCCUCAAAUGAGGCCUACGACAUCGAUGCCCAGCUUGAAACAGUUUGUAUGUCACAUGAUCCAAAGACGGCAAACCAAUGGAAAACCCAGAAUUCAUCUUUUUUUGAGCUAGACUUUUACAGGCUUGUUGACAUCAAAGUCACUUUCCAACUGAAGGGGAUCAACCUACAGACAGUGCGUUCGAGGGAAAUGUCCGACUGCUACUCCUUCUUUGUUACGAUAACUUUUGACAACCAGUGUCAUAGUGGAAAGGUGAAGAUAUUCCUGGACAUAGAUGCUCAGAGCAGUGCCUGCCGAGACUGGAAGAUAUCUGGGACGGCUCAGAAGAACACACACUAUCUGUUGGUGUUUGACAGCUUCAUCAUUCUGGUGUGCCUCACGUCAGCUGUGCUGUGCACCCGCUCCAUGGUACUGGCUGUCAGGUUACUGCAGCGGUUCUCCACAUUCUUCCACGAGAACUUCAACCGUAAAGUGUGCGAGGAGGACCAGAAGGAGUUUUUGAAUGGCUGGUAUUUACUGGUUAUUGUCAGUGACAUCAUGACAAUAAUCGGAUCCAUACUGAAGAUGGAAAUACAAGCAAAGAGCCUAACAAGUUAUGAUGUGUGCAGUAUCCUCUUGGGAACAGCUACACUGUUGGUGUGGGUCGGUGUGAUCAGGUACCUGGGAUACUUCCAGAAAUACAAUGUGCUGAUUUUAACCAUGAAAGCAGCCUUCCCCAAGGUCCUGCGUUUCUGCUGCUGCGCCGGCAUGAUCUACCUCGGCUAUACCUUUUGUGGAUGGAUCGUAUUGGGGCCUUACCAUGAGAAGUUUGAGGGUCUGAGUCGCGUGGCAGAGUGCUUGUUUUCCCUGUUGAACGGAGACGACAUGUUCACCACCUUCGCUCAGCUGAAGGACAAAAACAUUUUGGUGUGGCUCUUCAGCCGGGCUUACCUCUACUCCUUCAUCUCCCUGUUCAUCUACAUGGUGCUGUCACUCUUCAUCGCCCUCAUCACUGACUCCUAUGAGACCAUCAAGAACUACCAGAAGGAUGGAUUCCCAUUGACAGACUUGCAAAAGUUCCUAAAGGAGCAGAAAGAUUUUCCAAUUUUAGAGGACAGCAGUCAAAGAGACCUUCACUUGAGACAGUCUGUACUCUGCUGCUGCCAACGAGUUCCAGCAAAUGAUGAUGUCAUACUGAUCAGCUGACAGCAGCUGACUUAGGGAGGAGGAUUCUGGAAACAGGACUUCACGAGAGGGGUUGGAGAUAAGACGUUGUCACUGCAAAAAUCCAAGACAGUGUGGAUUUAACUUCUCAAGAGUGAGAAUUUGUGAUGUUCAAUUAAUGAGUUCUCAUGGCAGGAAUUCAAGCUGGAGUUUCAAUUGAAAAAUAAAAGGUUUUCUGUA